AGAUAAGUUCCGUGGAGGCGGCGGUGGCGCCGACGAGGUGUUGGGCUACGGGAGCGGGCCCGGAACUUGGCGCUCAGCAUGCCGACGGUGGAGGAACUGUACCGCAACUACGGCAUCCUCGCCGAUGCCACGGAGCAAGUGGGCCAGCAUAAAGAUGCCUAUCAAGUGAUACUGGAUGGUGUGAAAGCCGGCACCAAGGAAAAGCGAUUAGCGGCUCAGUUUAUACCAAAAUUCUUUAAGCAUUUUCCAGAGCUGGCUGAUUCUGCUAUCAAUGCACAGUUAGACCUCUGUGAGGAUGAAGAUGUGUCAAUACGACGCCAAGCAAUUAAAGAGCUGCCUCAGUUUGCCACAGGAGAAAACCUUCCAAGAGUAGCAGAUAUACUGACCCAGCUUCUGCAGACAGAUGACUCUGCAGAAUUUAAUUUGGUAAACAAUGCUCUGUUAAGUAUAUUCAAGAUGGAUGCAAAAGGAACAUUAGGUGGCUUGUUUAGCCAGAUUCUUCAAGGAGAAGACAUUGUUAGAGAACGAGCAAUUAAAUUCCUGUCCACGAAACUCAAGACACUCCCAGAUGAAGUGUUAACUAAAGAAGUCGAGGAGCUCAUCCUCACGGAAUCCAAAAAGGUCCUAGAAGAUGUGACUGGUGAAGAGUUUGUUUUGUUCAUGAAGAUACUGUCUGGGUUAAAAAGCUUACAGACAGUGAGUGGAAGACAGCAGCUGGUAGAGCUGGUGGCAGAACAGGCUGACCUGGAGCAGACCUUUAGCCCCUCAGACCCUGACUGUGUGGACAGGCUACUGCAGUGCACACGGCAGGCUGUGCCUCUGUUCUCUAAAAACGUCCAUUCUACAAGAUUUGUGACAUAUUUCUGUGAGCAGGUUCUCCCUAAUCUCAGUACCCUAACUACCCCAGUGGAAGGUCUUGAUAUACAGUUAGAGGUAUUAAAGUUGUUGGCAGAGAUGAGUUCAUUUUGUGGUGACAUGGAGAAACUAGAAACAAAUUUAAGAAAAUUGUUUGAUAAAUUAUUGGAGUAUAUGCCUCUCCCUCCAGAAGAAGCAGAAAAUGGAGAGAACGCUGGGAAUGAAGAGCCCAAGCUACAGUUCAGUUAUGUGGAGUGCUUAUUGUACAGUUUUCACCAGUUGGGCAGAAAACUUCCAGACUUCUUAACAGCCAAACUGAAUGCAGAAAAGCUCAAGGAUUUCAAAAUUAGGUUGCAGUAUUUUGCACGGGGCCUUCAGGUUUAUAUCAGACAACUUCGAUUGGCUCUCCAGGGUAAAACAGGCGAGGCCUUAAAAACUGAGGAGAACAAGAUAAAAGUUGUUGCUUUGAAAAUAACAAACAAUAUCAAUGUUUUAAUCAAGGAUCUCUUCCACAUUCCUCCUUCUUAUAAGAGCACAGUAACAUUGUCCUGGAAACCUGUACAGAAAGUUGAGAUUGGACAAAAGAGAACCAGUGAAGAUACAAGUUCAGGUUCACCACCUAAGAAAUCUCCAGGAGGACCAAAAAGGGAUGCCAGACAGAUUUAUAAUCCUCCUAGUGGAAAAUACAGCAGCAAUUUGGGCAACUUUAAUUAUGAGCAGAGAGGAGCCUUCAGGGGAAGUAGAGGUGGCCGAGGUUGGGGAACACGAGGAAAUCGUAGUCGAGGAAGACUCUACUGAUUGUGACAUCAAAUUAAUAUACUUAAAUCUACUACUCAUUGGAUUGCCGGGGAUAUCCCUUUAAAAGGACUGCUGCCUUCAGCUGAAAACGUAAUGUUCUUUCUACCUUUGUAUGUAUGAUCUACUUUUGUAAAAGACCAUGGUUGUGUCCAAGGUAAAACCACAACAAUAUUUUUGGAUGCUUUGUCUGCAGCCUUGACUUGUCUUCACAAUAUCCUCAUUAUCCAGACUUCAUCUUGUGAAUCUUGUUUUUACACAUCUUGAUAAUCUGUUAUUGAGAACUGACUGUAAUGGAAAAUUCAGUCUAGCUUGUGACCUGGUAAAGAUCAUCACUUUGAAACGUUACUUAUUUCCCCCCUUCUGUUACAGUUUUUUGCCCAAUACAUGGAGAAGAAGAGUAAUGAUCAGUCUUAACCUUUUGCUUCCAUUGUUUUCUAAUGGAGCUGCUAGGCAGUGUUGUAGCAUUCCUGCCAAGUCAAAGAAACUAAACAGCAGCUUCUCAUGAUGUACAAGACGUCAGCCUUUUAGGAAAAAAGUUGCUUUGUAUUGCUUCCUUUACUUUUCUCCAUAUUUUGGGAUACAGCUUUGAACACAGGGUCUUCAUAUUUGACUAGGAGUACAUGUGCAUAAUAUACGUACAGACAUAAGCAUAUGUUGUGUGUGUAUAUAUGCAUGCUAUGGAACAUGAGUGUACAACAAAUCAAUACUUUAAAUUCUCAGAAUGGGUCAUCUGACAUAGUGAUUAUCCCUUUUGAGGCUGAAUCCAUAACUGACUUGGUAUCUAGGUUUUUACUCCAGUAGGGAGGAAGUUCAGUCAGUUGAACUUACAUGAUUAUUAUUGUUUAAAACUAAAAACAAAGGCUGUUUUUUCAGAGACAAAUUUAAAGACCCUUGUUGGUGAGAUACAGCCAGAUCUGGUGUACAUACAGGUUCCGACAGGAUGUGAUAGUAUAAUUUAGGAUUUGGAGACUUAAUAACCAGGGCUACCCAGGAAAGUGACUUGAUGACAUAGUACCAUAAGAGUUGCUCACUCAGCUUGCUUUUGCCACUUUUGAAAUUUAACUUCUCAGGUUAUUAAUCAGAUUAUUGUAUAAGUUAGCCAAUAGUCUUUAGAUUAAGACAACAGGUGGGAGGUUUGUGGAGUGUCUCAUGUUGGGCAUUUUUUAGUAGCCCAGACUCUGUUCUUCAUUUGAAUGUUUCAUACAUUUUUGUUCCACAGUUAAUCUUCCUUCUCCAAGUUUGCUAUUCAAAUCAGAUACUCAGAUGACAUUUCUAGUGGUUUGUUUUGUUUUUUUGUUUGUUUGUUUGUUUGUUUGGGGGGUUUUUUUUGAGGCUUUGAUUCCUACACAGGUGUCUUCAUUACCAUCACUUCUACACUGGGAAAAACAAAAACAAUCUCCUUUGUGAGAACCACUGCACGUAUUUAUGGCGAAAAUAUUUCUGAAAGUCUAGAAUGAUACAAGUGAGCACAAGAAGUUGGUCAGCUUGACUAUGGAGUGCUGGCAAUAAACUCUGAACAUUCCACAAGACUGAGCUGAACCGAGGCUCCCUGGAAUCUGAACAGACAUAGGAAGAUGGGAUUGCCAGUUGAAUACUGUAACCAUCUAGUUAUAAAGCCAUUUCAAGUACAAAAAUGAAUUGGACUAUAGCAAUAUAAAUUUGAACACGGUAACUUUUCCUCUCCUGUCUGAGGGUAUUUGUAAACUCAGCAGAAGUAACUUGACCUCAUGUCUACUGCAGAGCUCACUGCAUACAUCCCCUCCUCAUCCUGCUUCCUUUCCCUUGCCUAGUCAGUAGUUCAUAACUUAGUGUUCUUUUUGCUUCAGAAAUUUUAAAGAAAAUCUUCAUGCCAUGAAUCUUUUUCUUCUGCAAGGACACCUGUUUAUCCCCUUGUUUAAAUGUAAAUGUUCCCUUAUGCUUUUGAAAUAAAUUUCCUUUUGUAAUUUU